AUGCUGGCGCUGUGCCUGCUGUCCCUGGCCUGGCUGAGCGAGGGCUCCCAGCGCGGUGAGCCCAUGUUUGCAGCCGUCACCCACCGCCUCCUCCCGCCUGACUACGACAGCAACCCCACGCAGCUCAACUACGGUGUGGCUGUCACGGACCUGGAUGCCGACGGUGACUUCGAGAUCGUGGUGGCGGGGUACAAUGGCCCCAACCUGGUGCUCAAGUACGACAAGGCACGGGGGCGGCUGGUGAACGUGGCGGAGGACGACCGGGGUUCCCCGUACUAUGCACUGCGGGACCGGCAGGGCAACGCCAUCGGUGUGACGGCCUGCGACAUCGACGGGGACGGCCGCGAGGAGGUCUACUUCCUCAACACCAACAACGCCUUCUCUGCUGUGAGAGCAUCCAGCCCCACAGCAGGGAUCCCCUGGUCCCCGUGGAGUUGGGUUUUGGGCGGGUGGGUGCUGAGGAGGUGCCGCUGGCCGCAGGGCUCCGGCAGGUACUCCAUCUACAUCGCCAACUACGCCAGCGGCAACGUGGGCCCCCAUGCCCUGAUCGAGAUGGACGUGGCUGCCAGCGACCCUCACGGACGUGGCGUGGCGCUGGGGGACUUCAACCGCGACGGCCGGGUGGACAUCGUCUACGGCAACUGGAACGGGCCGCACCGCCUCUACCUGCAGAGUGGGGGCCCUGGGCGUGUCCGAUUCCGGGACAUCGCCACCCCCAAGUUCUCCAUGCCGUCCCCUGUCCGCACCGUCAUCGCGGCUGACUUCGACAACGACCAGGAGCUGGAGGUCUUCUUCAACAACAUCGCUUACCGUGGCUCCUCCGCCAACCGCCUGUUCCGGCUUGUCCGCAGGGAGCACUCGGACCCCAUCGUGGAAGAGCUGAAUCCGGGGGACGCGCUGGAACCUGAGGGACGGGGCACGGGAGGUGCAGUGACAGACUUUGAUGGAGAUGGGAUGCUGGACCUCAUCCUGUCCCAUGGUGAGUCCAUGGCACAGCCAAUCUCCAUCUUCAAGGGCACCCAGGGCACCAGCAAUAACUGGCUGCGUGUCAUCCCCCGCACCCGCUUCGGGGCCUUUGCUCGGGGGGCCAAAGUGGUGCUGUUCACACGGCGAAGCGGGGCCCACCUGCGCAUCAUCGAUGGCGGAUCGGGGUACCUCUGUGAGAUGGAGCCCGUGGCACACUUCGGACUGGGGCAUGACGAAGCCAGCAGCCUGGAGGUGACCUGGCCGGAUGGCCGCGUCGUGGCACGAGCUGUGGCCAGCAGUGAGACCAACUCCAUCCUGGAGGUCCCCUACCCCCUGGACGUGGAGGAGCCGCUCAUGCCUGCCCCGCUGGAGUGCGGGCAGGGAUUCUCCCAGCGCAAGAAUGGACGCUGUGUAGCUCAAGUGGCCUUUUUUGGGGGAUACCCCUCUGCCGGGAGCUGGCCUGGGCCCCUACAUCAUGCCCUCCUCCCUCCUGUCCUCGGACUCUGCCUUUACCUCUAUGCACUUUAA